CGACUAUAGGCGCUUCUCGAUUUGCAAACUUACAUAAGUAUGAUCCACAUAGUGAAACGAAUGAACGGCUACCGGACACUUUCCUACAGUUUACUUAAGUUGAGUUAUUGUUCUUUUUUACUAUAUAGCUACGUAAUGGAUUAGCGGAGAACGACGACGAAUCGUGGUAUUUUAACAAGUUUGUCCAGCGGAUGAAUAAUCGGCAAGCUUUGAACGGCAUCGAAACGGUACUGCGGGAGAACGUCUCUUUCAUUUCUCGGACGAAUCCUUAUGUUAGUUUGUCGCGUGUUGUCGACGCGAUAGUACUUUGCGUGUUUCAGUCUGUCGCGACAUUUCUCAACUGGAACGACAGGGAAACGUGUCAACGCGGCAAAAGUCUAUUCUAAUUACAGAAUCAGGAAAUCAAAAUGCGAAGGAAAUCGACUCUACCUCUUUUCAACGCACUACUUCAGAGUUAUUUUUGGAUAAUGGUUGUAGCCAGUGAUAAACUUCGCGUGGCCUAUCAAUGGAAACAGCUUGAGUAUGAAUGGCCAAGUAACGAUACCGAACUUCUAUUCCCAGAAUACAAGCAGGAAGAUAAUCUUCCCCUUGGCCUUGAGAUUACAAAUACUAGGAUCUUCGUCACUGUGCCAAGAUGGAGACGUGGUGUAGUUGCUAGUUUGAAUUACUUUUACAUUAACGAUACACGCGAGUCUCCUAGUUUGAUCCCGUAUCCUUCUUGGGAGGCGCAUCAAUAUCGAGCUGGAAACGUCCCAGAGAUCAUUUCAACGUUUCGAAUUCGUGCAGAUCGCUGCGAAAGACUAUGGGUUCUUGAUACAGGAUUUACUGAUAUUUUGGAUAGUCCAGAACAGCAAGCUCCACCAGCAUUACUCAUUUACGAUUUAACAGACGAUCGUUUACUCCGAAAAUUUAUUAUUCCGGAAGAUCAAAAAACACCUGACUCUCUUUUUGCAAAUAUCGCCGUCGAAGAUUAUUCUUGCGAAGAUACAUUUGCUUAUCUGGCUGACUUAGGUGGUCCUGGACUCGUUGUUUAUUCGUGGAAGUCGGAAAAUUCGUGGCUUCUUAAACAUCAUUUCUUUCAACCAGAUUCUCAAGCUGAAGAAUUCAAUGUAUCGGGAAUUUCGUUCCAAUGGACCGAUGGUCUCUUCGGUAUGGGUCUUGCACCAACUAACGAUGGCUAUAGUGUAAUGUAUUUCCAUCCACUUUCUAGCACCAUGGAAUUUUCAGUUAGUACUAAGUUACUAAGAGAUCCUGAACGUGCCACUUCUCCAGACAACUUCCAUGAAUUUCAUGCCUUAGGAUCUCGCGGACAUAAUGGUCAAAGUAGCGUGAGCUUUUUAGAUCCAGACACCGGAGUUCUGUUUUAUGCAUUAGCUGUUUUGAAUGCUAUUGCGUGCUGGAAACCUCAAAAUACGUUCACAAUCGAGCAACAAGAUUUUAUUUAUGUAGAUAACGUCACAAUGGUUUUUCCCAACGAUUUAAAGAUUGAUCGAAAUGGGAAUAUUUGGAUACUCUCGGAUCGUUUGCCUACUUUUAUGUACUCUCGCCUGGAUCCUGAAGAUUAUAAUUUUAGAAUCGUUACGGGUUCGGUUAAAGAGGCUAUAAAAGGAACUGUUUGUUCGAUGAAUCCAUCUUCGACUACAAACAAUCCGCACGAUUCUAUGACAGAAGUACAGACAGUGUAUCCUAAACAUCCAAAAAUGGCCGAGAAUUCCGGUUACGUUCACAAUUCUGAAUUGACUUCUAUACUGAUUAUCGUUAUAACAAUUUUUGUGAGAAUAUUUGUCUGAGAAUAUAAUUGUAUCAUUUUUAAUAACUCUAACAAUUUAUGGAGCAUUUCUCGAAAUAUCGAGAAUUCGAAUUUCGAAAAAUAUCGAUGCUUAUAUACGAACAGGAAGAGAUUGAAACGAGAUGCUUAGGUAACGGGUUAAGUAAUAAAUAAAUGAAUGUUAUGCUUGGUUUUCUCUGUAUUAUGAUAUAAUCGAUUUCUGCAAAUGUCGUAUAUGAUUGAGUUUCUUGUGUAAUAUAUGUACCUUAAUGUAACGUUUCGUACGCAUUCUUGCAGAAAGAGCUAUUUUAUUUAUAAUUUACGCAUCAUCUUGAAUUUUGAAAUAUUGAUAUUUCCUAUAAUUACUUAAAUAACUUAUCUACAACAUACAAGUUUUUCCUUGUUAUAUUUGAAUUGCAUAUAAAUAUUUUUGGAGGUCUUGAUUGUAGUACUUAAAUAUUGAAGUUUAUAAAAUACACGACUGAUCACAUAGUA